AUGCCUAUGUGGAGUUGUGAUUUUCAAGACUGUGAGAAGCCAUGUGUACGGAAUGCAGGAGAAUGUAUUCUCUGUGAUCGCCAUCUAUGCUCCAUUCACCUCGGAGUUGAAUAUCACCAAUGUCCCAGAUGGGAGGACGAGAAAGCUUAUGAUCCAGCCGCCGGAGAAGCUGAAAGAAAAGAAAUUAAUAGAUUGAUUGACAAAAUCAAUAUCAGCGCACUUGCAGCACGUGCCAGUCAACUGCGCAACGGAAUCUCAUGUUCUAUUCCUCACCUUCAGUAUGAUGCUGCCACACGCUCUUCAGUUAUGGGUGGCAUGAAUUACCAUAUUAGCAUCAAUUUUGCGGAUGGCGUUACGUGGCUGGCUCGCAUUCGAAAAUUCAAUGCUACCUCACCACCACCGACUUUGCGGGACCACAUUAUGGAAAGUGAGGUCGCCACUCUUCACUUUCUCGAGCGCACGGGUCUUCCGACUCCGAGGGUUUUCUACUAUGCUCCUGAAUGCGAAACGAACCCUGUCGGUGUCGCCUAUCUUCUGUUUGAGAAGAUGCCAGGCAAAUCACUCCGCUGGUCACUCGCUAACGACGUUCAGAGGCAGAGGGUGAUUGAGCAACUGGCAGACGUGUUUAUUCGGCUUCACGACUUUUCUUUUGAUCUCAUGGGCUCCUUGUGUCUAAAGAACUCACCCGGAAAAUUUUGCUCGUCACAAGGCGAUGUAGGCGCUUUUGCUCGGGAAUCUCUUACAGAUUUCCGGGGGUCAACUAUGCUCACUCUCGGCCCAUAUACCUCCGUGAGGGAAUACCAUGAUGCCUCUCUUCGUCUUAUUCUGGAUCUCAUUCUGCGUGAGGAAAUUUAUGCUCAGCGGUCGCUCGAUGCAUAUUUGAUUCAUCGUUUUCUCCUUGACCUAGUUCCAUUCCUUUCUAAUGGCCCAACAACGUCGCAACAGAACGUCUUCUAUCUUAAACAUGCCGACGAUAAAGGCGAUCAUAUUCUCGUCGAUGAGGCUUACAACAUCACUGGCAUUGUGGACUGGGAGUGGGCAUAUACUGCCCCAGCCGAAAUUGCCUUUAACUCGCCCAUUGUUUUCUUUGAUGUUGCAAAGUUUUAUGAUGGCUCAAAUCAUAUCGACAAAGAUGAAGUAUAUUUUGCUAGCCAGCUGGAACUGAAAGGACAUGAUGAUCUCGCCAAAGUUGUACGCAAUGGGCGUUUACAGCACCGAUUCGCAUUCUGCUGUGGGUACAACCUCGAUGCCGAUUGGGAUGGGUUCCUGGGUUUAUUUCUGGGUCUAAGAAAUGCGACCGGCGUUGAUAAUGAUUUGGAUUGGUUUACGUGGAAGAGCAUUGCGCUAGAGAGAUAUAAGGAGGAUAACGAUGUGAAAACUUUGUUGAAUAAAUCAUCACAGAAUUAG